AUGACAUUUCCAGGCAUGUCUAAUUUUUUUUUGGUGAAAAAGUGUGUGGCUGUGCCUCAUCAAACUAUGGGCUUUGCCAAGUGCCGUUCGAUGUGGCCAAGAGUGGUCUGCCAAGAUAUGCUGUGCAUGUGCUUUCUUCUGCAGCAAUUAGCCGUAAUUGCCAAGUGGCAAGAUUUACAACAAGAUCGAAUUGUCCACAUUUUCUUACCGUCGAGCAUAGAAAGCUUCCCGAUGUGCUGUACCCGAGGAUCUUUCACAGGCCUUUUCAAUCAGCCUCUAGAUAACGGUCCCACAAUGAACAAGACUGCAGUGCUGUUAGACUUAGACUUGCGUCUUUUUUGUUUGUGCUUGGAGUGGCGUCAACUGGCGCUUUUCAUGGCACUCGUGACACUUUAG